AUGUGGCAAGGAGUGGUAAUCGAGAGGCGAGGGAAAAGGAAGACGGGAAAACAGGGGAGUAAAAGGGGCUACGAAGAUGCCCGGCAGGGUGGAAGUGAGCUCACCAGCGCGAAGUAUACGGCAAGCCAAACAGCCGCUGCAAACACAAACCAGAACUUCCAUUCCCGCUCCCUCCUCCUCUCCCUGCAAGAUUCUCCCUCUUCAUCCUUUGAGGCUCCCCACGCAUCAACUCGCGUUCCCGUGCUUUUGGAUAUUCUUCGUGCCGUUGCGCCCGCAGAAAACUUUUCUCCCUUGAUUGCCAUCCUCCUGCCUCCUUCGCACUCGCUGCUGCCGCCCCCCGGAAAACUUCGAUCGCUCCAUCUCGGAAUCCCCCUCCCUUCAUCCCGCUCGAAUCGACCGCUCGCGAUCGCAUUCUACCGCACCCUCACUCUUCUUGAGGCGCUCAGCAGCCUGUCUACCUCUUUCUCUAUCCCCUAUUCAGUCGCUCGUCGCUAG